GCGGCCCUUUACGCAUGACCUAAAACAAAAUUCAGGAUCCAAUCAGCAGUCUGAUCUCGUAGAAAAACAGCAAAAUGAUUGGCUAUUGCGUCUCUUCUAGUCACACGUUAUACGUUAUCAUGUGUGUAUAAACCGUAAGAAAAGGCGUUUCCGUUAUUUAACAGAAUCCAAAGUACGCAUGUAUGCAGUGUGCGUGGAGGGAUUAGGUUCAACUAGGUUUAUUGAAAUCGGGCAAGAGAGUGAAUAUUGAAUAGUUCGUUUCUUUGUAUUUUAUCAGAAAAAAAAUGAUUCUUUUUUUAUAAAAACGUUAUUGUUACUUAACAAUACGUGUGUGUGAAUUAUAUUUAAUAUAAUUUACUUUUAUAUCAAUUACUCUCGACGAGCAAUGAAAGAAAAUCUCAACAGUGAUGUGCUGAUUCUUUUUCUAUCCUAACUAUUAAUCUGUGAAAUAUAUACACUUAUGAUUAAAUUCAACGAGAGAAAAAAGAAUGGCACUUGAACUAAUUGACCGUUUAAAGGACUCACGUCUGGUCGCAUUAAUUCAACAAUUUUUUGGCGUCCAGAUAAAUUAUGAUGAACAUUCUCAAGAGAUUGGAUAUAGCAAGACAUCACAAAAUAAUCAAAAGGAAUAUAUUCACAAGAAAGUUGACUGGAAUGACAAAAAUCAUGUUUUAAUAAACGAAAAGAUAAAUAAAUCUGAAGAACAUAGGCAGUUCAAUGGAUGCACAAAGCAAACAGAAUGUUUAGAGCAGGAAGACAAGUCAAAGAAAAAACAUGAACUAACUGUAACAACCGUAGGAAAUCCGUGCUAUACUAUCACUAAUUUAUUUUGGUAUUAUUUAUUUUCAUUUGGAACUGAGCUAGGAGAUGAAGUAUUCUAUAGCACUUUUAUACCUUUCUUGUUUUGGAAUGUUGAUGCAGCUGUUGGGCGAAGAGUAGUCUUGGUUUGGGCUACUGUUAUGAGUACUGGACAGGUACUCAAGGAUGUAAUUUGUUGGCCCAGACCGGCAUGUCCACCAGCAGUAAGAUUACAAAAUAAGUGGUCACAAGAGUAUGGCAUGCCAUCUACUCAUGCCAUGGUCGGUCUUUCUAUUCCAUUUAGCAUUAUAUUCUUUACUAUGAACAAGUAUAUUUAUUCAUUUUCCUUAGGCUGUAUUAUUGCAUCUCUUUGGUGUAUACUUGUCAGUACAAGCCGAAUCUAUCUUGGCAUGCAUACUGUGCUAGAUGUUUUGGCAGGCUUACUUUUAGCAAUUGCAUUAAUGAUUCCAUUAGUACCUCUAGUAGAUAUAACAAAUUCAUACAUCAUCACAAACUUUUGGAUAUUAUCGAUAUUGAUUGCUGUCAGUAUUGCCGCUAUAGUAUAUUAUCCAAAUCCUGAUAAAUGGACUCCUACUAGGAGUGAUACUGCCAUGGUUGUAUCGGUCACAGCAGGAAUUCACACAGGAGCUUGGCUUAAUUACUUUACUGGUUUAUUAAACGCGUCACAGUCUUCGCCUCCAUAUUAUAUCACUUGGCCAGUUUAUUUUAUGUUUGGUCAUAUGUUUUUGAGAACUGUACUUGGAUUUUCAGGCGUUCUUAUAACAAAAGCUCUCUGUAAAUCUCUCACCUACAUUACAGUAUGUGCCAUAUUAGGAACUAAUUGGAAAGAGCUCGUGAAGAGUCAGGAUUUUAGUAGAAAUCCGAAUAAGGUGUUUGUCGAUCUAGUCUACAAAUAUGUUGCUUGUUUUAUGAUAGGUGUAAAUACAGUGUAUCUGUUCCCACUAAUGUUCAACAUGAUAGGUAUUGAACGGCCAGCAUUUUAUACAGAAAUGUAGAAGGGAAAAAGAAUUACUAUGAAUCUUUUUUAGUGUCUUUGUUCAAGUUAUGUUUACUUUUUGAAAUAUAUUUUUUUAAGGCUCUUACUGGUCUCUCUCAUGUAUCUGAAUACUGAGACGAAUCUUUUACAAUCUGUAUAAAUUAUUUAUACGUUUGUUAUAUUUUUUAUAUUUUGUUUUUGUAUUUUCCGUAAUUAUAGCAAUCAUAUCAUUGGAAAUAACUUUUAUUGAAGUGUAAUCGUAAUAUCAUGUAGGCAUCAUAUAUCAAUAAGUACUUCAAAAUUGCGAAGUACGAUGAAACUCUUAUUUGACAAGAUCAAUCAUUAUUUUUUUUUAGAAUUAGAAAACAAAAUCAAAAUAAAUUUGUUAUUUUUUGGGG